AUGGUGAAGUUGGAGGUAGACUCACCUAGUCACGGGGCGGGAGAGAUGGAGGCCACAAGUCUUACUCGUUCUCAAGUCAUCUAUUCAUUGUGCCAGGCGAAGAAGGUUGAGAGGAGAAGAAGAGUGUUUGGUGCCUUUUUUGUUGCCAGUUUCCAGAAAAUUUUGAGGCUGGGAGGGGAUGUCCCCUUGGUUUUGGUAUUCCUGUUAGGGGAGUGGGAGGGGGUUUUUAGGAGCGACUUGGGUGAUUGGAAAUGGAAACCAUCAAUUUUUGGGCCAUACAUGCCAAUGUUGGCUCUAUGA